UGUGAUUAAAAAUAUAUAUAUUUAUUUCGUCAAUUUUUGAGUUUCCCUUUAUGGGUUUUGGGAUUGCUUUUUCCCUCAAUUUUCUUGCUUGAUUUGUGUUGUUUGGAUAGCUGUUCGAUCACUUCGUGCGUUAGUUCAUAGCUUGGGUCGUUUACCCUUUUGAAUGUGUUGUUUAUGGUGUUUUUUUUUGUGUUAACUAGACUUUUAGCAGUGGGAGUUUUCUGGGUUUUUGAAUCUCUGUGUUCUUUGGUUUCGUGGAAUCUGUUUUGAGGAGUUCUACUCACAUGAGCUCUUAAUUGGGGUAUCACUGUGCUUUGAAUGGAAUAGCCAAGCUAAACUCUACGGUUUCUGAAUAUCUUUGCAUGUGAGGUUUUUUCUAGUCGUCUUUUAGUGAUUUGCAGUUUUGGUUUUUGGUGCGAAGGUUAAAUGAUCGUAAAUUUUGAGUGAUAUUUUGGUGGUUGGGUCCGAUUCUGGUUCUGAUUGAAUCAGAUUCUGCGAAAUUGCAAGGAGAUGAAUUUCAAGGAUUUUGGGAAUGACCCAUCUGCCGGGAACGGCGGUGGAGAUGGAAGACCUCCGGCCAACUAUCCGUUAGCACGACAAUCAUCGAUCUACUCCCUCACCUUCGAUGAGUUUCAGAACAUGGGGAGCAUAGGCAAGGAUUUUGGGUCAAUGAACAUGGAUGAGCUGUUGAAGAACAUUUGGAGCGCUGAAGAAAUGCAAACUAUGACAUCUUCUGCUGCUGCUGCUGUUGGUAAAGAAGGGGCUGGUACUGUUGGCGGUAGUAGUGGGUAUUUGCAGAGACAGGGAUCUUUGACGCUGCCAAGGACACUCAGCCAGAGGAAGGUGGAUGAAGUUUGGAAGGACAUAAUCAAUGAACAUGCUAGUGCUAAAGAUGGGAAUACUGUUGCUUCUAAUUUGGAACAGAGGCAGCAAACUCUUGGGGAGAUGACACUUGAAGAGUUUUUAUUCAGAGCUGGAGUGGUGAGAGAAGAUACUCAAGUGACUGCAAACCCCAACAAUGGAGGGUUCUUUGGCAACAACACUGGUUUUGGAAUUGCUUUCCAGCGGCAAGCUAAAGUUCCUGAGAAUAAUAAUCAGAUUCCGGUUCAACCGUCAAACUUAUCGUUAAAUGUCAAUGGAGUUCGAGCACAUCCGCCGCAGCCAAUAUUUCCAAAGCAGCCUACUGUGACAUAUGGAUCUCAGUUGGCUUUACCCAGUGAUGGUCAGCUGGCUAGUCCAGGAAUUAGAGGUGGAAUUAUGGGGAUUGCAGAUCAAGGGUUGAGCACAAAUUUGAUGCACGGGUCUGCACUGCAGGGUGGAAGAAUGGGAGUGGUUAAUUUAACAGCUGGUCCGUUACCUAUUGCAACAGAAUCUCCAGUGAACCAACUAUCAUCAGAUGGGAUUGGAAAGAGCAACGGUGAUACCUCGUCCGUGUCUCCUGUGCCUUACGCGCUUAAUGGUGGAAUCAGAGGGAGGAGAAGUAAUGGGACUGUCGAAAAAGUUGUCGAGAGGAGACAACGGAGAAUGAUAAAAAACAGAGAGUCUGCUGCGAGAUCACGGGCUCGAAAGCAGGCUUACACAAUGGAAUUGGAAGCAGAAGUUGCAAAGCUGAAAGAGGAUAACCAAGAACUCCGGAGAAAACAGGCGUUGGAAGUAAUGGACAAUCAACAAGGAAUCAAGAAGCAAUGCUUAAGACGAACGCAGACUGGCCCAUGGUGAUUUCAGAGGAUGUUAUCUGAUAUCCAGGCCGAAAGAAUAAUGCCAUAGAUGGUGGUGUACAUAUAAGUCAUGCGGUAGGUUGAGAGUUGUAGGUGGCGUGUAGAAUCCAUCUCGGGGUGUCUUGCUUGCAGGUAUCAUACUUCGACGUGGAUGAAUUCAGUAGCUUUCGAGCGAAAGCAAAGCACAUGUUUUUCAAUGUAUUUUCUGGAAAUACUAGUUCAUACAGCUGCUCCACCCUCCUGCCAUGGAGAGAGAACCAAGUUUUUUGUGGCAUUUCCUGAUAUGGCCUUGCUGCUGCUGUGGUUUUGAGUAAAUGUCAAUCAUGAAUGCAGGAUUCAUCAGGUUCAAUUCAUUGGCAUGUCAAUGGCAACUAGUGCCGUCUGAUUUCCUCUGUAAUCUUUACAUCCUGAUGUUUUUAGUUUUGACUUCUGCUUCAGUUGUAAGUUUUAGAUUAGCCAAACCAAGGAAUUACAUUACAUCUUCGAUUAUGUUAAACCUUGAUUCUCUCACUGGAAUGCCCCUUUUCAUUA